AUGCCUCGGAGUCAGAAAAGUAAGCUCAGUGCCAGUACGAAACGCCAGCAGGCCCGAAAUGAGCAACAGGGUCAGAGGAGUGCUAAGGCCACUGCAGUUAAGGGGAAUGUGUGCCCCUCCUCAUCUGCUGCUAUUACUACUAAGAGAAAGUCUGAUGCUAAGCCAGAAGGCAGUCUCAAGGGGCCUAAGCAAGCCCUCACCACUAGUUCUGAUGCAGUUUCUCACACAAGAUCACAGAAAGGCAUCAAGUGUAGAAAUGAGAAAAAGCAAAAUCCCUCUCAGUCUCCACUCUCCACUGUGCAGUCUCAGGAUGAGUCUCUAACCAAAGUUGCAGGCAUGUUGGUGCACUUCCUGAUACAUAAGUACAAAAUGAAGAAGCCUAUUACCAAGGUAGAUAUGCUGAAGAUUGUCAAUAAAAAGUACAAAAAACACUUCACUGAGAUCCUCAAAAGAGCGUCUUUCAACAUGGAGGUUGUCUUUGGUGUUGACUUAAAGGAAGUAGAUUCUACCAAGCAUUCUUAUAUCCUUGUCAGCAAAAUGGAUCUCCCCAACAACGGAAUGUUGAAUAGCAGCAGGGGCUUCCCCAAGACCGGUCUCCUGAUGAGUGUGCUGGGGCUGAUCUUCAUGAAGGGCAACUGUGCCACUGAGGAAGAGGUUUGGGAAUUCCUGAAUAAGAUGAAAAUAUAUGCCGGGAAGAGGCACUUCAUCCAUGGAGAGCCGAAGAAGCUCAUCACCCAAGAUUUGGUGAAGCUUAAGUACCUGGAAUACCGCCAGGUGCCCGACACUAAUCCAGCUCGCUAUGAGUUUCUGUGGGGCCCAAGGGCCCAUGCCGAAACAAGCAAGAUGAAGAUCCUAGAGUUCCUGGCCAAGAUUAAUCAUACAGUCCCUACUUCCUUCCAGUAUUGGUAUGAAGAAGCAUUGAAAGAGGAGAAAAUGAGAGAGGAAGCCGCAGUCUCCCUCAAGACCAACGAGGAUGUCGUGGCCAGUGAAUGUCCCAAGGCCACAUUCAUACCUAGUGAAGGUGACCCAGACCUUUCCCUUUGUGGAUAA